GGAAAUGCGCUCUUUUGCGAAAGCAAAACGUGGGACCAGCCUAGCAGUGGAGAAGGUUUCUGAAUGGGUAGAACGGAGCGAAAUUUGUAGAGUGUUUGCCUCCAGAGGUCGUUCGUGAGUCAGAGAAACCCGGACUUUGGAGGGAAAAGACCUGGCCACAGUCCUUCCGCGCUUCUCGGUGCGGUGUGCCGGUUCUUCUGCCGGCCCUUCUCAGCUUUUGCACUCUCUCCGCCUGCUCUGGCCUUGCCUGCCUGCGGAGGCUACAGACUCUCUGCCCACCCCCGGGCGUCUCUGAAGGUAGAGACCUAUAGCGAGGCAGUCCUAUGUACCCUUGUUCCCUGCAUUGCCUGUCUUUCGCCGGGAAUUCAUACUGGAUGGAAUUCUUUUAACGACUUUUGAACAUUUCUGCAGAAUCUUGGUUGGAGCUCUCUACCAGAGGCCUCAGGCAGCCACACCAAACGAGUGUGGGCAUCUAAGUUUUCUAGGAGGACUCCAGCUGCUCUGGGCCUCAUUCAGCUGGUGUCCAUCCCAACAUUCCCACUGAAGGCUAUUUGUGCUAGAGGAGGAAGAACGCCCUCUCCAGAGCCAAUUCUUGGGGGGAAAAGAAGGAUUGUUGAUAUAGCCAGAGCCCACAAGGAAGAAAGAUUAUUCUGCAGCAGCUAAAGCCUUAUGGAAGGUUUUGCUUGUAGAUCAACUUUCAAAAUGUAGGAAGUCAGAAUGGGUGACAUCAUCAGAAAAAUAUGUGGAGCUGAUCUCAACAAGAAGUGAAGAACCCAGAGCAAGAAAGCGGUUUUAACUCCUGAGCCCAGGGAGUUGGCAGCGUUUGGGUUUCAGAGGAGCCAGCAUCUCCGAGUUGUCGAUGUGAGAUUCUGCUAAAUUACUGUUCUUCUGGCUGUAAGAUCUGAAUGCUGUGACCACUAAUUUGUUGAACCAAGACUCUGAGGCUGAUAUGCAAUGUCACUUACAACAUUAAUCAGAUACUGCAUUUAAGGUCUUGAUGUGGAGGAGAUGGAGGACUCAGAACCAAGAAUUUCCAAGUGAUUUCUUCCAAAGCACAAGAAACUGUUAGUGCUGGUGUGUUCUGACUGAGAUGACAGUCAUGUCCCUUUCCAGGGACCUCAAGGACGACUUGCACAGUGACACAGUGCUCUCCAUCUUAAAUGAGCAGCGCAUUCGGGGCAUUUUAUGCGAUGUCACUAUUAUUGUGGAAGACACCAAAUUUAAAGCCCACAGCAAUGUCCUGGCUGCUUCAAGCCUUUAUUUCAAAAAUAUCUUUUGGAGCCAUACAAUCUGUAUUUCCAGCCAUGUCCUGGAACUGGAUGAUCUCAAAGCUGAAGUGUUUACAGAGAUCCUUAAUUAUAUCUACAGCUCCACAGUUGUCGUCAAGAGACAGGAAACAGUCACGGAUCUUGCAGCUGCAGGGAAAAAGCUGGGAAUAUCCUUCUUGGAAGACCUUACUGAUCGCAACUUCUCAAAUUCCCCUGGUCCCUAUGUAUUCUGCAUUACUGAAAAGGGAGUGGUUAAAGAAGAAAAAAAUGAAAAAAGGCACGAAGAACCUGCCAUCACCAAUGGGCCAAGGAUCACAAAUGCAUUUUCCAUCAUUGAAACAGAAAAUAGUAAUAACAUGUUCUCUCCACUGGACUUGAGAGCAAGUUUCAAAAAGGUCUCUGACUCCAUGAGAACCACCAGCCUCUGCCUGGAGAGGACUGACGUGUGCCACGAGGCAGAGCCCGUCCGCACGCUGGCAGAGCACUCGUAUGCCGUUUCCUCCGUGGCCGAGGCAUACAGAAGUCAGCCCGUACGUGAACACGACAGCAGUUCGCCUGGUAAAACAGGUAAAGAAACCUGUGAAGCUCUAGCAGCAAAACUGAAAACGUGCCGAAAGCCAAAGACAGUCUCCAUACCCCAGGCUUCCGAUUCAGCUGCAGAAAAUAGACCACCCCCUCCAGCAACCAGCUCAGAGGUUAAUCAGGAAAGAAGUCCAGAGCUGCCUGCCGUUCUUCCUUGUUCAAAAUCUCCCAACAACGAAGGAGAUCUCCGUUUUUCCAAGGAAGAUGAAAAUAAAUCCUCUGACGUCCCUGGGCCGCCGACGGCAGAGGUCCCACCUCUUGUGUACAACUGCAGCUGUUGUUCUAAGUCCUUUGACAGUAGCACUUUGCUCAGUGCCCACAUGCAGCUCCACAAGCCAACCCAGGAGCCGUUAGUGUGCAAGUACUGCAACAAGCAGUUCAGCACCCUGAACAGACUGGAUCGGCACGAGCAGAUUUGUAUGAGGUCCAGCCACAUGCCUGUUCCCGGAGGAAACCAGCGCUUUUUAGAAAACUAUCCAACCAUCGGACAGAAUGGAAGUUCGUUCACAGGUCCAGAACCGUUGCUCUCUGAAAACAGGAUUGGUGAGUUUUCCAGUACCGGAAGUACCUUGCCAGAAACGGACCACAUGGUUAAAUUUGUUAAUGGGCAGAUGCUCUACAGCUGUGUUGUAUGCAAACGUAGUUACGUGACUUUAUCCAGCCUCCGAAGACAUGCAAAUGUUCACUCGUGGAGAAGAACAUAUCCGUGUCAUUACUGCAACAAAGUAUUUGCACUGGCUGAGUACAGGACAAGACAUGAAAUUUGGCAUACAGGGGAGAGGCGCUAUCAGUGCAUUUUCUGCCUUGAAACUUUCAUGACCUAUUAUAUUCUCAAAAACCAUCAGAAGUCUUUCCAUGCCAUAGAUCACAGACUUUCCAUCAGUAAAAAAACAGCAAAUGGAGGCUUGAAGCCUAGUGUGUAUCCAUAUAAACUUUACAGGCUACUGCCUAUGAAAUGCAAGAGGGCUCCUUAUAAGAGCUACCGAAAUUCUUCCUAUGAAAAUGCUCGAGAAAGCAGUCAGAUGAAUGCGUCAGCAUCUGGUCCCUAUGUCAUUCAGAAUCCACACAGCUCUGAGUUACCGACGCUGAAUUUCCAAGACCGCGUCAACACCCUCACCAGCAGUCCAGCCGUCCCCUUGGAAACAUCUGCACGCCAGGACAUGCCCGCUUCUGCCAACGUACAGAGCGCAGAGGGGACCAAGUGGGGAGAGGAAGCACUGAAAGUUGAUCUCGACAAUAACUUUUAUUCUACCGAGGUGUCGGUUUCUUCCACUGAGAAUGCUGUCAGUUCUGACCUCCCAGCAGGGGACGUGCCUGUUUCGUCUUUGAGUGGUGGCAGUGAGAACGCAGCCUCUGUGAUCAGCUACAGUGGCUCAGCACCCUCGGUCAUUGUGCAUAGUAGCCAGUUCUCAUCAGUGAUAAUGCACAGCAACGCCGUUGCCGCCAUGACCAGCAGCAGCCACAGAGCCCCUUUGGACCCAGCAGGCAGUCAGCCCCUGAAAGACGACAGCAAACUCGAGCCUGACAAAGCGGGCAGGGUCGUCAGCAGACCCAAAAGCAUUAAGGAGAAAAAGAAGAUCGUGCCGUGUAACAAGGGGGAGGUAGCAGAGGAGUCCAAAUACGUCGCUGAUCCCGGAGGGUCAUUGAGCAAAACCGCAAGUAUGAAAGAAACCAGUAAAAUUGAAACCUACAUUGCAAAGCCUGCUCUGCCAGGAACCUCCACAAACAGCAACGUGGCGCCCCUUUGCCAGAUAACGGUGAAAAUCGGAAACGAAGCCAUCGUGAAAAGGCACAUCCUAGGAUCUAAGUUGUUCUAUAAAAGAGGGAGAAGACCCAAGUAUCAAGUGCAGGAGGAGACCUUGCCACAAGAGAGUGACCCAGAAGCCAACAGAGACAGCCCACUCGGGCUCUGCCAGUCCGAGUGUGUGGAAAUGAACGAGAUGUUCGAUGACGCCAGCGACCAGGAUUCCACUGACAAACCUUGGCGUCCUUACUACAACUACAAACCCAAAAAGAAAUCCAGACAGUUGAGGAAAAUGAGGAAGGUCAACUGGAAGAAAGAACAUGAACACAGGAGCCCAAGCAAUAAGUGUAAAUACCCAGCAGAACUGGACUGCGCUGUGGGGAAAGCUCCUCAGGAGAAGGCCUUUGAGGAAGAAGAAAAUAAAGAGAUGCCCAAGCUGCAGUGCGAACUCUGCGAUGGAGACAAAGCCUCGGGGGCCGGCAAUCAAGGAAGGCCCCACAGGCAUCUCACUGCUAGGCCUUACGCCUGCGAGUUCUGUGCCAAGCAGUUCCAGAGCCCUUCCACGCUCAAGAUGCACAUGCGGUGUCACACUGGAGAGAAGCCGUACCAGUGCAAGACCUGCGGGCGGUGCUUCUCGGUGCAGGGAAACUUACAGAAACACGAACGCAUCCACCUGGGCGUGAAGGAGUUCAUCUGUCAGUACUGCAACAAGGCAUUCACGUUGAACGAGACGCUCAAAAUCCACGAAAGAAUCCACACCGGCGAAAAGCGUUACCACUGUCAGUUCUGCUUUCAGAGUUUUUUGUACCUUUCCACAAAAAGGAAUCAUGAGCAGAGGCACAUUUGGGAACAUGAUGGGAAGGGCUAUGCCUGCUUCCAGUGCCCCAAAAUUUGCAAAACAGCUGCUGCCCUUGGAAUGCACCAGAAGAAACACUUAUUCAAGAGCCCAAGUCAGCGGGAGAAAGUCGAAGGUGACAUGUGCCAUGAGAACUCAAAUCCUCUGGAGAACCCACAUGUCAAUGAUUCAGAAGACAAUGACCAAAAGGAUAAUGUGCAAACCAUUGUUGAAAAUGUCCUUUGAGUGGUGAUACUUAGAAAAAUCUUCAAAACUAUAAGUUGGUGGGUUUGUUGUUUUGGGGUGUUUUUAGCUGUUUCUUCUGGUGUGUGUGUUUUUUUUUUUUAAGUUUAGUUUUGUUUUGUUCACACAACAGUCAUGAAGGAGUGAAAUGUAAAAAAGAAAAUCUCAUUUGUGAAAAUUCCAGAAAAAGGAUCCUAAUAUCUACUUUGGGUUUUAGCAUUAACUUCAUGCAAAGUGCACAAAAAUGAAAUAGCUGAAUCCUCCAGUAUCCCAAGUAUCUUGUGGAAGUUUAUGAAGUUCUUAGCUGUGGUAUUUCUGCCAGUGGAAAAAAAAAGAGUCUAAUGUUAGCCUAAUUUAGAACUUUCUAGUAAGUGCUAAUAGGAACUGGCUGCUGAGCUAUCUUUAGUUACUGGAGAAAACGAGGGUCGGAUAUCAUGAAAACAUCAUCUUCAUAAAUAUGUUAGAAGGUAAACGAGCUAUGACAGUCAUUUUUCCCAUCCAGCUUCUGUGCUAUUAAAAAUUGUUUAAAUUAGUGGAUAUAUAAGAAAUAUUUAAUAUUAUAGCUGAAAAUAUGUGUGAAAUUGAGUAACUUAAGUAGGACAUUCAUACAUUAUCUAGAACUACUUUUCUGCAACACAAGCCUUGUAAAAUACAUAUAUAAAUCACUAUGACUUUUAACUAUCCAUGUCCCCUGUAGAGAAUUAUAAUGACGAGCAAUAGAUCUGCAAAUAAUGAGGACUAAUGGAAAAAUCAGUAGAAAGCAUCUUGAUAUGAUUUAAGAGCACGUUGUAUGCUUUUAGAUGGAAUGCUGUUCCCUUGAAGUUCUGGCUGAGCUAUUACUAGAACUGGUCUACUCCAGUCACAGAAAAAAUAGGUCAUGCCUUAUCUAUGGGGGAGAGCCCUCCCAGAAUUUUUCUCUGAUCACCUGUGCUGUAUAUUACUUUGCAGUGGCCUCACUUCAGAAAAUAAAGAAGGGUCAAAUUCUUCUGAAACUCCCUGCAGUCUUCCAUCCAUCACAAGGCCAUGGAUGUAGAGGUCUAUUUCAGACAGACUUAAUCAGUCUCCAGGGUUUAAGUUAAAACCUGACACAUCCCAUUCCACUGAAGGAGUGUCCAGGAAAUUUAGUGCAAAGCAUGCAUAUGGUGGUGAAUUCCCAGGCACUUGAAAAUGACAGAAAGCCUAAUCCCAGUGAUUAUUAGCCUUCUUGGAGAUUAUGCAGCCCACAAGUAUAUACUAAUAUAAAACAAAAGGGCAUCAGAAAGACACCUCCCACCUCACCCAUUAAUGACUUGAGUGGGCAAGAGGAAGCGAUGACCUUCCUUGCCUCAAACAGUAGCUUUGUUUUGGGGGAGGUUGGAGGAGAGAUAGACUGUGGAGUAAUACGAUUCCAUCACUUACUUAUAUGACUCAGAAACCUAUCCCCAAAGCCAGAUGCCUUGUCUUCAUGUUUGCAGACACCUGGCUCCCUUGCUAAAAACCCACUUAAGUUGUUUCAUGUUCUUUUAUGCUGCCCCACACCAUCACCAUUGCCCUCCAAGUCUAAUUGCGCUGUAGGAUAUUCCAUCAUGUGGACUAGGUUCUGGGAAGCUGGAACUCAUCAUUCUUAGGUUAUAAACUGCCAGAAUAGGAGGGAGAGAGAAAACAUUCCCACCCUUUGAUCACCAGUGUGAGCAGAACCUGGAACCUGGUUUAAGGGUGACCUACAGCUAUUCAUGUUCAUGGGAUUUGAUAGAUGGAAGCCCAAGGUUAUUCAAGGUUGCAGAGUCACCAUAAUGAAGAAGUAGUUCAAAGGACUCCAGUUUCUCUCUUCAAGUAUUGUGAUGUCUCCUUGAAGAAGACUUAAUACGGAUUUGGGUGGGCAAGAAAGCAUUUAAACACCCAGAGAAGGACACGAUCAAAGCUGACCUUUUUAUACAGUAGUAUUUUGCUGUUAAGUAACCCCAAUAUUGCAUCUGCAUUUAUCUUUUGUUGAUCUACUUUCACUUACUUACAUACAGUAUUAUGUAAUAGAGGAAAAUGGGGAAAUGCAAGCAAAAUUCAUCCUUAUUUUAUACGUUGUAUAUAUGUAUACCUGCACUACUCAUUUGGGUUUUGUUAAAAGAGAUGGUCACAAAGGGCUUAUGAAAAUCAUUUCUGAAUUGAUAAUUAGAAUAUUGAAUAGGUAAUUCGGUGAUCUACUAAUUUAUUUUAUCUCAAUUGGGAUUAUUAAUCAAAGAGAAUUACUGUGUAUUUCAGUCAUUUUGAUUUGAGGUAACUCCAAAUAUAAAAUUAUUACAUGUAGUGAUGUCUCCUAGCCCUUACAUGUGGAAAUUUUUUAAGUGGACUUGUAUGCUGAUAAUUCUAGACCAAAGUAAAUAUGGCAGAAUAUUUAUACAUGAAAAAAUAAUUUUGCAAAUAUUUUCUAUAAUUGUAUUAUUCGUUUAAAAUGUUGAUAGCUUGUGUUAGUUUCAGGGAGGGGUGUAUAUUUUGAUAAAAAAAAUACUUGACUUUGUAAUUCUGUAUAUUCUAUACAAUUUAUAGCAGAGCCGUUUUAAGACAGCCUUGUCACAUUUUUGUUAAUUGUGAAAACUUUACCAUGAGUGAUGUUUAUGCAUUGAGUACAUAACGACCAACUAGAAUUAAAGUAGGUGUAAACAGUGAACAUACUGUAUGCUGUACAAGAUAUAUUGUAAUUUGCUGUUUUAGCAUCUGUAUUUUGGUUAGAAGAUAUUAUUAAAUGCAGAUGUUAAGGGUUGGAAAAGUCUAAUUUUAUUUUUAGAAAUAAUGAAUAUAAAUUUGGUUUUGCUUGAUUAAAAUAGCUUAUUCUAUGUUAAGUCUCUUAAAUGUUUUAAUGUUAAUUCUUUUGUGCAGUCAAGCGGCUAUUUCCUCUUUGUGAGUCACAGCAUUGUUUCACAUAUUAUUCAUUUAAUAUAUUUCUGUUUCCUUACUUGUUUACGUUCCAUGAUACCUACUUACAUGCUUAGGACUCAAAUGGAAUAUGCAUUAAAAAAAAAAAGCAGAAAUAAGA